GUCGCUAGUCGCGAGUGAGCAGUGCGUACGUAGUGGUUGACGCAGAAAUAAUAUCGCUUUGCUCUGUCCGUUCAUUAUUGCUGCUCAAGCGUUCAUUCCGUUUUGAAACGUUCAAGCACUCGCUUGUGUCGUAAUGUGGUAUUUAAUUCACUUAGUUGUUAUUUAAAGUCUCGUUACUAUUGUUAUUUUUACUCUGUGCUUUUUAAGUGACAUUGCAUUAAAAAAAAGUUAUUAGUUUCCUUCUUGUGUAUUUUUAAGUGGAUUAUGAGAAUAAUAUUGUACAAUCUUCAGCAAUUUUAAUGAAACUUACUCAAUAUCGUUAUUAUCAUAGGAAGUAUAAUUAUAGGACAAAACUUUGCAUUCGUGUACAACCAAUAAUGUGUUCAUAAAUACGACCAAUCUGAAGUUUAGUUGAGUGUGUAAAUUACGAAUUGUGGCCUUCUGAGAAUUGGCUGUUGGGUUGCACAACGGCUCAGCAUAGUGGAACUGUGAAUACUGUGAAAAGCAAAUGUGCGUGGUACAAAUAAUAGAGUCGAAAAAAAUUCCUUUCAAUAUGACGUUGGCUGCGAGGUUAUCUCCUCAUAAUCCAUGUCUAAAUGUGGGUGUACCAGGGGUCGGCAUUGCCGCCAGCUGUCCAACCUGCAGGAACGAGUUCUUGCUGAACUUGACCCCCAUCUCCGGCAAGUGGCCGACACACCAUCACUCUCCAGCUACCUCACCAUUCACCACUCGCCCAGUAUACUUGCCACACUCGCCGCUGUACGCCAACCCAUGUUCACCAUUCUACCUGCGACAAUACAAAGACGGUAUCCGGAUAAAAGACACAUUUGAUGUGCUGAACCUAUCAGGAUGGUAUUACGAGGAUUUAGAUUUACAGGGUGCCCAGAAUUUACUGAAGGAUGCAAGCAUAGGCGCAUUCCUAAUACGGCGGUCUGGUGAUAAGAAUUUUAUUUUCUCCCUCUCAGUACAAACGGACCGAGGGCCCACGUCGGUUCGGAUACAUUUUGAAGAUGGAUUCUUUAGGUUAGACUGUGACACAUCAUUAGUUAAAUAUAUGCCGCGGUUUAGAUGCGUGGUCGAGAUGGUGCAGCACUACAUACUCAUCGGGGAGAAGGGCGCCGCCGGCACUGUGUGGGUCAACCGGGAAGGCUGUCCCCAUUCGCCCGUCCUACUUACAAGCCCCUUCAGAAAGAACCCACCAAGUUUAAAAGAAGCCGCCCGGCUCGCCAUACACAAAUCUUUAGACUCGAACCCCUUGAAGCCAAAACUGUGGUCUGCCCCUAAACACAGGUUAUUACCGUUGCCCCCUACAUUAAUAGACUAUCUCGGCAAAUAUCCAUACUCGAUCUAACACUAGGAUCUGUGUAAUUUAUUUAGUCAAUAGCAUCUAAUAUUGAAUGAUGUUUAUAGUAUAUGAAAUUGAGAGAGAAAAUAAUGUGUUGAAGGGCGUAUAAUUGAAUAAUAGAUAUAUUGUGAGCAACGUACGCCCGUUAUCAUAAUGCUGUAUUUUGUUUGUACAAAUGCAUUGUAUGUAAUCUGUGUCUAGUACAGGAUGCUAGUGUAAAGGGCUGGACCUUUUAUUUUUAAUAGCAAACUAACAAACUAUUAAUUUAUAAUAAUGAACUGUAUUAUUUAUAAGUAUUCAAUAUGGGACUCAACUAUGGUAUUUAGUGGAAUUUUUACGCAAAUUAUUAUUUCUUUUAUAAGUCAAAUCUGUGUCUGUAUAUAGAGAUUUGUGCAAAUAAUGCAAGACUGAUCAUGAAUGUCUAAUUGUAAAACUGUUUUACUGUCGCGUGUUGUUCCUUUCUUGUGGCCAGUAUGUACAAAGUACGACGGACCUGUGGCACUUUGUAUGCGCAGCCCUACAAUAAUGCAGCCCGCACUUAACUACUGAUAUUGUUAUUUUAGUAAAUUGUUCACUAAUGCCUAAUCUUGUCCAUCGUGUUAAGAAAUCAUCACAUUAUUUUAUAUAAUUAUAUUUCUAUUAAUUUAUUUAUUGGCUAAGAGUAGAUUUACUUGUUCACUAAAGCAUAAAAGCUGAUAUUUUAUCUUUGUUCCUACGUUUCUGUUAAGUCCUACAUCCAUUGACAUCUGUUUUGUGUAACGAUAUACGGCACCGACUGUACUAAAUCUGCUAGUUUUUAAUUAAAACUUAGUGCCAUCAAACAUUAACUACAAAUCUGAAUUUGCAGCAGCAAUUUAUUAUCCAAUGGAAGUAUUUUUGAGGCUGAAGAUGUAUAUAAUUCUUGUUUUUGUUUUCUAUUUAUUUCAUUAUCGUAGUUAAGUAAAUGAAUGAUGUCGGCAGGUUGAAACCAUGUAAUGGUUAUUCGGUAUACUAUAUCGUCGUAAAGUAGAAGGCAGGUUUGGCUAGUGAUGUUCACUAAUGUAGAAUUAAUUAACUGUACCUUAAUAAUCUCAAUUAGAACGUAUUUAGGUUUCACCAUCAUUGUAUAGGUGUCAAUAUUUACAUCCACAUAAAUUAUUUAAUCGGCGUUAUGCACGAGGCAACUGUCAAAUUCAGGAGAUUUUCUCGCUGAACAUAGAAAAUGAAUGUUAUUUAAUUUAAACAAGAUUAUUUUUAUACAAUUUUGUAAGGGGAAGCACCAACUACCUAAAUAAGUGUGACAUAAUAGAAGGAAACUCGUGUUUCGAUGUUUAUAGAAAUAAUGUAUAAAAAGAACUGCAAAUAAUUUAUUAUAAAAAAAUAUACAU